UAAUGUUUGACUGUAGUGAAUGGGACGAAACAGACCAAGGUUCUGAACUAUGUGAUGAAUUGUUUGGUGAUGUUUCAAAAUCAAUUCCGGCCAGAGAGAUAUCUGGACACACAACUAAGACAGAUCAAAUAACACGUAAGCAAUGGAAGUUAAAACAAAAGAAUAAACGGAAAUGCAAAAAUAAAUUUAGAACUAUAGAAAAAAAGCAAGAAAUGGAAGUUGAGAAAACGUGUAGUGAAACUAACAAACAAUCCAAAUCUAUGAAAGAAUCAACAAAAGAAAAAAUACCUAACCCAGCAUGUCCUGAUGUAGUUCAACCUAAUAGGAAAACAAAGGCUAGCAAGAGAAUUGGAAAACCUUUAAACGAUGGAAAUCCACAAAGCAAAAAAAAAGUUAAAAGUUUAACAACGCAGGAAAAAGACAGUGAAAAUAAAAUUUCAUUAAAAGAGAAACCUAAUGAUGUCAAUCCUCAAAACAAGAAAAAAGUUCAAAAUAAAACGAUGCAGGAAAAAGACAAUGAGAGUAAAACUACAUUAAAAGAGACCAAGCCAACACAAAAUCUAAAAGAUCGAUUGGUUAAAAAGCUUGAAUCCUCCAGAUUUCGAUUUAUAAAUGAACAGAUAUACUCGCAAAGUAGUGAAGCUACAAUAAAAACUUUCAGUUCUGAUCAAUCUGCUUUUGAGAUUUAUCAUCGUGGGUUCACUGCACAGGUUGCUACAUGGCCUGUAAACCCAUUGGACUUAAUUAUUAAAUGGAUCAAAGAAAGAUCACCAAAACUUGUUAUUGCUGACUUUGGUUGUGGGGAAGCAGAACUUGCAAAGAGAGUGAAAAAUAAAGUUCAUUCAUUUGAUCUUGUUGCUGUUAAUGAUCAAGUUACAGUGGCAGAUAUUUCUAAUGUUCCUUUGACCGAUGCAAGCAUGGAUGUGGUCGUGUUUAGUUUAUCUCUCAUGGGAACUAAUCUUGUUCAGUUUUUAAUUGAAGCCAAUCGUGUUUUGAAGACAAGUGGAGUAAUGAAGAUAGCUGAAGUAGCAAGCAGAUUUACUGGGUUGAAACCUUUCAUUGGUGAUCUGAAAAAACUUGGAUUUGAUUUGCACAAAAAG